UUGCCGAUGCUUCGCCUCUGGACGCGGUGCGCGCCGUGCCGCCCCGCCGCGCCGCUAGCCGGACGCCGUUAAUGGGAGCCCCGGUGCCGCUCGCCCCGAGCCUCCACUCCCCCGCGGGCUGAGAGCGGCGGCCACCAUGCCACGAUGCUCGUGAUCUGGCUCCUGCUGCUCGCCCUGCUGCCCGAGCCGCGCGUCCCUGCCGCUACGGCCUCCCCGAGGGCCCCGCGGGAUGCGGGGGGGCGCGGCGGCGUCUACGAGCACCUCGGGGGAGCGCCCCGCCGCAGGAAGCUCUACUGUGCCACCAAGUACCACCUGCAGAUCCACCCCGGCGGCAAGAUCAACGGCACCUUGGAGAAAAACAGCGUCUUCAGCAUCCUUGAAAUAACUGCCGUUGAUGUCGGGAUCGUCGCUAUCAAGGGCUUGUUCUCUGGCAGAUACCUGGCCAUGAACAAAAGGGGCAGGCUUUAUGCAUCAGAGAACUAUAACACAGAAUGUGAGUUUGUGGAGAGGAUUCAUGAACUGGGCUAUAACACCUAUGCAUCCCGUCUGUACCGGACUGUACCCAGCGGAGCCAGCACCAAGCGCAAAGCCAGCGCGGAGAGACUCUGGUACGUCUCAGUCAAUGGGAAAGGACGACCCAGGAGAGGCUUUAAAACACGCAGGACACAGAAAUCCUCCCUCUUUCUGCCCAGAGUAUUGGAUAGCAAAGACCAUGACAUGGUCCGACUGUUCCAUACAAAUGUGAGAUACCGAGAGAGCAUCCUGAAGCCUCCCAGUAAGAACCAGCGAAGAAGGAGAGGACGCUGAUGGAGCAGGGAGAGCUUGUGUUGAAAAUGGAAAUGAGCAAGUCUUCAAAAUACUACUAAAGGAAACUAACAACCGUGACUGUAUGGCAGGCAUUAACACAGGCAUUUUUAUACAGUGUGUAAUA